AUCGAGCAGUGAACAAUGACUCUUUGAAGUAUUUUUUGUCAACCAGAAUAAGUAUCAAAAUGUUAUCAAAAAAAGAACAACGAUGGAGAAUUUAUUAUAAAGUUGGAAUUAUAUACCUUCUGAUUGGCUCGGUCAAUUCUUUAGAACACACUGAAAUUGUGCCAUCUAAUCAUAGAAACGUAUCCGCUCUAACGAAUUUAAUGCCAGAGGCUAGGAACUCUGAAGAUCAUGAUACGAAAAAUCAAACAAUUCAAUUAUCUAACAUUGAUAUAACAACAGAACAAUACUCGAUUCCAUAUACUCCAAACAUUAAUAAAGAUAUAAAGAAAGUAAGAAUUCCUUUAACGUCAAUAUCGAUCGGGAAUCAACACAGUUUAAGAAAUGUCAAAAUUUUACCUAAAAAGGACACUUAUCUUGAAGCACUAGAACACUCACACACUAGUAAAGAUCCAAAGGAAGGUGUAGUACAUGUGGAUGUCAAGCCGGUCAGAUCGAAACUAAACAGAAGAGAGUACAUUCAAGGACCAGUUUAUAAACCGGAGACAGAAUACGGUGCUCCAAAUGGUUUGGGAAGUUCCACAAAGGCGACAAAAAAUUUAUAUAGUCCAUCAAGUUCUAACAGCUUUUUCCCUAAACGUUCGGAUAGUUACUCGCUGCCUGAUCAGUCUUCGGUAAACUUUAAAGAUUACUCUACUUAUCUUAGUGAUCUUCAAACCACUUAUGGCCCACCUCAAAGCGCUUAUGGUCCACCUCAAAACACCUAUGGUCCACCUCAAAGCGCUUAUGGCCCACCUAGUAACAAAUACGGUGCAUCUGCUCAUCCUCAACUAUAUGAUGAGUUACCUGCAGGAAAUUCGUACUUGUCGCAUCAACAAGGUGAGGAGAGAGGGUACGAUAGUUCAGCCAUUGAUUAUGGUACACCUUACGGAUAUCCCAGUUCAUCUAUGAUAGAAUUUCCUAAGAUCGAUUUUUCCUGGCCAUUUGCUCUAAAAUUGAAUGCUUUUACCAUAGCAAAGAUACUGUUGAAAUUGGUUCUCUUCAAGAUGAUUGUCAAAUUCAUCGCCGUGAUUUGUUUGUUGCUUUUCAUACCUAAAUUAGAGAUUAUCAAGAAGCCAGAUAAAAAUGAAUCCGAGGAAGAAGGUCGUAAUUUAUUUUGGUCAAACGCAGACAAAAAUCUUUUAACUGAGAUGGUAAUGAACUCCGUUGAGAAAUAUACAACGUUAAAUGAAGCUAAAAACACUGAGGAUUGCACAACAACAAUGUGUCUUCUUCGAAGAGCGUUAUUUUAUAAGGAAUCUUGGAAGAACUACGUAGAGUUGUUUAAAAGUUACUUAUUAGAAGAAAGAGAGAAGGAAAUUAUUGAAUCAAAGCGAUUAUCAAAUCGAUGAAUAAUCAUAACUUGAUCGUUAGAAAAGAAAUUGAUCAUUGCCAAUGGUACCUAAUUUAUAGUUUUCAAUUAUUUAUUUAUAUGUAUUUAUUUAAUUAUUAUGAAAUCACAAUAAAAUAGAUCAUCAUCGUCUAUAUGUAUAUGUGUGUGUGUGUGUGUGUGUGUUAAAAAUAAUAUAAAAUUCCGACACACUCGGAUCUCAUUAAUUGUCAACAAUAAAUAAGAAAUUCUAAGAUCAUUCUGAAAUAAAGUCAAGUUUUACUUGAAUUUAUUUUUAUGUUAUUUGAGCAACUAAUUAAUGCAAAGUUAAGUACGAAGUAUCAUCCUUCCCAUAUCAUUUUACAUAUUACGCUUUAUGCGUAGUUAGGCUCAAUGACAGUCUUGAUGUGAUCACCUCAAACUUUUUCAGGUGGGGAUAACUCCAGAGAUUAGGUUAUAAAUGUCGUAGCGGAGUAUAAAGUCGUCUCAGUCUCAUUUCAAUAACCCAUCUGAAAGUGAGCUGGAACGGUAAGCCGAAUUGGAUAAUAAACAUCUUAUUUUUGAGAAGUAGUAACUCUCUCCAUUGAAA